UAGAUGUUGCCAGCUGCAGACCAGAUGAAUCGCGGGCACUCGCCAAGAGUUCUGCUGGAAAACGUUGGAGCUAGUAGGAGGCCAAAGUAGGCCGCCGCUUUCAUGACGACAGCGAUUGAUAUUCACGCCUCAUUUAAUAUACGACGGGAUGCAUUGACGCGCCGUUCAUCCACGCGAUCAUGCGCCGCAGCUCAUGUCGAACCUUCACCGCCCAUCUUGCCCAUCGGACGCGACCAGCACCUGCGAAGGCCCCCUUUGCGACCGCAUCACGAUGCCUUGCCACAGCCCAACCACCACAGGAUGCGCAAGCUAGCGAUGCGAGGAGGACGACUCUGAAUGUUCCCUCCGAGGCCCGCUUCAACGAGAUAGGCGUCCAGCAACUCUCCAGCCAUGUCCACGCCCAAGUCUUCCCUGGCGCCAGCACCUCUCCCCCGCCAGAGCUCGUUGCCCUCUCGCAGGACCACCUCACCCGUCAUGACCUGCUGGGCAAAAACCAGGACUCGACCCCUCCCGUGGGCUUCGACCUCCCCGACAUGCAAGGCGCCACCUUGGACGAGCACUUCUACAAACUGGGCAUGGAUGCAGCGGAACCGCACUUGAGCAUGGCGAAGAAGCUGGCAUGGGCCAACCCUCCCCCCAAACCGAGAAAAUGGGUCAGGCAGAGCGGUUGGACCAAGUACAAUAACGACGGGACCACAGAGGCAGUGGAUGCGCCAAACGAGACGAUGCUGACAUUUGACACCGAGGUCAUGUGGAAAGAAACUUCCUUCGCGUGCAUGGCCUGUGCAGUGAGUCCAACCGCCUGGUAUGCCUGGCUAUCGCCAUGGCUGCUGGGCGAGUCAAAGUCGGACCGCCACUUGAUCCCCCUCGGAGACACGUCGAUACCCCGCGUCAUCGUCGGACACAACAUUGGAUAUGACAGGGCGCGGAUAGCCGAGGAAUACAACAUACAGCAAUCCAAGAACUCUUUCAUCGACACGAUGUCAUUGCAUGUCGCAUCCAACGGCAUGUGCUCGCGGCAACGACCGUCAUGGAUGAAGCACAAGAAGAACAGAGAGCUGAGGGACAAGAUCGCCACUUCCGAAGAGAACGCAGAACUGUCGCAAUUACUUGACUCGGGUGCCAUACCAGACGAAGAGGAGGAACUGUGGAUAGGCAGGAGCGCCAUCAACUCAUUACGCGACGUCGCCAAAUUCCACUGCAACAUCACAAUCGACAAGGCGCGAAGAGAAUACUUUGGCGAACUAGAUCGACCAGGUAUUCGAGAAAAGUUAGAUGAGCUCCUCGACUACUGCGCAGCAGAUGUAGAAAUCACACACCGCGUGUACCAAAAGGUCUUCCCGCUAUUUAUGGAGACAUGCCCGCACCCUGUCAGCUUCGCAGCUUUGCGAUUCCUGGCUUCUGAGAUUCUACCCGUCAACGAGACCUGGGACGCGUACCUCAACAACGCCGAGGCCACUUACCACCAGCUGGAAGACGCUGUACGAGAACGACUGGUUGCGCUCACAGAGAAGGCGCUGGAAGUUAAAGACAAACCCGAAGUAUACAAUAAUGAUCCUUGGUUAAGCCAGCUGGAUUGGUCAGGCCAGGAGGUGAAGAUGGUGAAAGGGAAAAAGAAGGGUGAUCCACCAAGACCGGCAGCCAGACAAAAGAAGCCGGGCAUGCCUAAGUGGUAUAAGGACUUGUUUCCUUCAAACGCCGCGCCGAUGAACUUGACCGUGCGGACACGAGUCACCCCGAUCCUGCUGAGGCUGGCCUGGGACGGCAACCCAUUGGUUUGGUCGGACAAGCAUGGCUGGACAUACCAGGUGCCUAUGGACGAGGUGUUUGCGUAUAAUGAAAAGGGCAUCAAAGAGCUCGACAUGUCUGAAGAAGAGAACUUGAAGCUGCGCGACGAUACCGAGUGCCGAUACUACAAGGUCCCGCACAAAGAUGGUCCUCUCGCGCGAUGCACAAAUCCGCUUGCAAAAGGCUACCUGCAGUACUUCGAGAAGGAGAAGCUAACAUCAGAUUAUGCCUAUGCCAAGGGGGCGUUGGAGAUGAAUGCAUCCUGCUCGUACUGGAUAAGCGCAAGAGACCGCAUCAUGUCGCAGAUAGUCGUUUACAACAACGAAGUGCCAGAUGCACCAAAACUCGCCUCUGCCUCGGGCAAAGGCCGAGGUAAAAAGGUGGGCUUCAUCCUACCACAGAUUAUCCCAAUGGGCACCAUUACGAGGCGAUCUGUCGAGAACACCUGGCUUACGGCGAGCAACGCCAAGAAGAAUCGCGUGGGCUCUGAGCUCAAGUCAAUGGUUCGGGCACCGGAAGGCUACUGUUUCGUUGGAGCCGAUGUCGACUCCCAAGAGCUCUGGAUUGCCAGUCUAAUCGGGGACGCGACCUUCAAACUGCACGGUGGCAACGCUGUGGGCUUCAUGACCCUGGAGGGUACCAAGGCAGCUGGCACGGAUCUGCACUCGCGAACAGCAGGCAUUUUGGGAAUUUCGAGAAACGACGCCAAGGUCUUCAACUAUGGCCGCAUAUACGGCGCAGGACUCAAGUUCGCGUCAACCUUGUUACGCCAGUUCAACCCUUCUUUGACAGACUCGCAAACCUCCAAAACUGCGAACGAGUUGUAUAUGACCACCAAAGGUAAAAAGACUACGAGGAAGCAGCUACAUGAACGGCCAUUCUGGAGAGGCGGCACUGAGUCUUUCGUGUUCAACAGGCUAGAAGAUUUCGCCGAGCAAGAACGGCCCCGGACACCAGUACUAGGCGCUGCCAUCACCGAAGCGCUGCAACGACGCUAUCUCACAAGAGGCGGUUUCAUGACUUCGCGCAUCAAUUGGGCGAUACAGUCCUCUGGCGUCGACUACCUUCAUCUUCUCAUCGUUGCCAUGGACUACCUCACCCGCCGUUUCAACCUCGAUGCCCGCCUCUCCAUCACCGUGCAUGAUGAGAUUCGAUACCUGGUCAAGGAGGAGGACAAGUACCGAGCCGCUAUGGCGCUUCAGGUUGCAAACGUUUGGACACGUGCCAUGUUUUCGCAGCAAAUGGGCAUCAACGAGCUUCCGCAGUCUUGCGCGUACUUUUCUGCCGUUGACAUCGAUCAUGUCCUGCGGAAAGAGGUCGACAUGGACUGCAUAACGCCCAGCAACAAGGAGCCCAUCCCACAUGGCGAGAGCCUCGACAUCGUUACUCUCCUCGAAAAGGGAGACGCUGCACGACUCGAUCCUGCUGUCGUGCCCAUAGAUCCACCAGCGGCACAGCAGUACACGGUUGCCUACACACCCCGCACACCCAUAAUGACGACCCUGGAAGGCGCCGACCCAACAUCGACAACCGCUCUAGCGUACCUCAAAGCGCAAAUCUCCUCCGACGACAAAGAGCUUCGCGACAUCCUGAAGCCUCUGCGUGGUCCCCGCGCACCUUCUACUCGUGGCUCCAAAGCCUCAGUGGACGCCGAGGAGGCGGAAAACGAAGAAGAAGAAAUCUCACACAACAUCUUACAUUAUCAGCAAAUGGCGCAGCUACUGCCAGUCGAAGAUCUAUGGGGGGAAGUGUAUAAGCGUGCUGGGAAUAAGAGCACGCUGAAAGGAACUGGAAGAGCGAGUACGGGCAUGUGGCACCACCACCAUAUUCACCCCAGGAGUACAGCGCCACGGACUGCCAGAGUGUAGGUGCGUGCGUGCUGUGAGAGACGGUGGUUGUAAUGUCUUUUCUGUGUAUAUAUUUGUAUGAUUAUUGUAACGGCCUUUGGUUACGGUCAGGUAAUGAGAUGGGGGCUGCUCGGCGCACGGUAGCAUAGCAUCUGGCGGCGCACAUUGGGAAGGUUAGAGGGGUCGAGGGAUUGAAUGAAGGUCUUCCUCAAUAGGCAACUUCGCGUUUAAAUCUUAAUCAUCUCGUUAUCGCUGCAUUACACGCUUAGUAUCCCAAUU